AUUAUUCUUGAUAUACAAAAAUGCAACUUAAUCUAGCUUUUUUUAUUCUAUUAUGUUGUUGUCACAUGUUGAAUCUUUUGAUUGUGCAUGCCAAAGUCUUCAUGGUUCUUAUGGAGAAUGAUUCUUUUGUUUCAAAGAGUACUUAUCAAGGAAGCUUCAGGAAUUAUGAUGACAUAGUUGUACAUAAAGAAAUGAUAGGUAAACAGCAUGAUGUUUUGUUAGAGACCGUGUUGGAUUCAGGGUCAUACACAAAGCUCUACAGUUAUAGUCAUUUGCUCAAUGGAUUUGCCAUCCAUGUCACAUCCAAAAAGGCUGUUGAAACUCUGAGGAAUGCCAGAGGAGUUAGGGCUAUACAUAAAGAUAUAAAGAUGAAGAAACUGACAACUCAUACACCUGAUUAUCUGGGUAUUCCUACUGGUGUUUGGCCAACUUUGGGUGGUGCGAGGCUCUCCGGUGCAGGGAUCGUUAUAGGCAUGAUCGACACAGGGAUUAAUCCGAACCACCCAAGUUUUGCUAAUUUGCCAUCCUUAAGAAUCAAGGAAGCUGAUUAUACUAGCAAGUUUAAAGGAAAAUGUGCCACAGGUGAGAUGUUUUCCCCUACAGCCUGCAAUGGGAAGAUAGUUGGUGCACAGUAUUUUGCGCGUGCUGCGAUUGCUGCUGGCGAUUUCAAUGCUACACGAGAUUAUGCUUCCCCUUAUGAUGCUGAUGGUCAUGGAAGCCAUACAGCAUCAACAGCAGCCGGAAACUAUGAUAUACCGGUCAUUGUCAAUGGUUUCAAUUAUGGAAACGCUAGCGGCAUGGCCCCCGGAGCUAGCAUUGCUGUCUACAAGGCUCUUUACACGUUUGGGGGCUAUAUGUCGGAUGUUGUAGCCGCUGUUGAUCAGGCCGUUGAAGAUGGAGUAGAUAUAUUAAGCCUCUCUGUCGGGCCAUCGAGUGUUCCACCUGGGCCUUCAGCCUUCCUUAAUGUUCUAGAAAUGGAGCUAUUGUUUGCUACAAAAGCUGGUGUUGUUGUAAUUCAAGCUGCUGGAAAUGGCGGUCCUUCUUCGAGUUCCAUUCUUUCUUUCAGUCCAUGGAUUACAACGGUUGCUGCAUCCAUCACUGAUCGAAAAUACAACAAUACCAUAGUAUUAGGCGAUGGACACAACCUGUCCGGCUUGGGACUUGCACCUCCAACGCCAGGCGUAGCACUUUUUCCGAUUGCUGCAGCAGCAGAUGUCAGUAGACACAACGCCAGCGUUGGCCUCCUUGAAAGUUGCCAAAAUCCCGAUGCCUUUAUCCUAUCUUUGGUUCGCGGGAAACUUAUCAUUUGCACUUACACCUAUGAUUUUGAGUUUGACUCUGCAAACAUAGUUAAAGUCUCGGAAACAAUGCGUAGAGCAGGAGCUGCUGGAUUUAUCAUGACUAUGGACCCUGAUUUAGGUUCGGAAGAAGUCAAGGGUACGACUGUGACUAUGGAGAUGCCUGGAAUCGUGCUAAACAAUAUACAAGCUUCCACGGCUCUUUGGCAGUACUACAACUCGAGAACGUUUAGAGGUAGAACAGGAAGAGUGCUUGCAUUCGGUGCCACUGGCCGAAUAUUGGAUGGCAGGCAAGCGAUAUACACAGGACAAGCUCCGAUUGUUGCGUCCUACUCAUCGAGAGGACCUGAUGUGAACAAUGCACUUCUACAAACAGCUGAUGUUUUGAAGCCAACCGUCAUGGCUCCAGGUUCUUCUAUUUGGGCUGCCUGGAGUCCUAACAGCGAGGGAGAUCGUUAUGUGAAAGGGCAAAGUUUUGCGCUUGUAUCGGGUACAAGCAUGGCCACGCCUCAUGUAGCUGGCGUUGCUGCUUUGAUCAAACAUAAACAUCCCAACUGGAAGCCUUCUGCUAUAAUAUCAGCAUUGAUGACAACAACAGAUGUAGCUGACAAUGCUGGCAGUCCCAUAAUGGCACAAAAGACCAACCAGUUGAUAGAAGCCACCCCAUUUGAUUUUGGAGCCGGAUCAAUUAACCCAGCUCGUGCUGUCGACCCUGGUAUCGUUUUCAUCUCCAAAUUCAAGGAUUACGUACAGUUUCUUUGCGCUGUCCCUGGGGUUGACGAUGAGUCUGUGAGACGGGCUGUAGGAGUCGGGUGUCCUACCAAGAAAGGAGGAGGGUGGUGCUCAGAUCUGAAUGCUCCUACUGUAACAAUCUCAAACUUGGUGGGUUCGAGGAAAGUUGUAAGGGUGGUGACAAAUGUAGGCGAGGAAACCGAGACAUACAAUAUCAUGGUGAGGGCACCGGUGGGUGUGAGAGUGAAGGUAACACCGAAAGCUUUUACUAUCAGUCACAAUGCUACUCGUAAGCUGAAGCUCGUGGUGGAAGCAACGGAUGCAACGAGUAAUUAUAGCUUUGGUGAGAUGAUACUGCGAGGGAACAAGGGGCACUUUGCUAGAGUUCCAAUCACUGUCCUUGCAAGUAGUGUUCUAGGGGAUUGAUCUCCUCUUAUCAGUGGCUCAAUGCAUUAAAAAACGCCAUUCUAUAAGAUCAUCACGUUUGAAUAAGAAAAUUAGGCUCAUACUUUUUCUAUCAACAAAAUUUGAAUUUUGCUUGAGUGUUUGAUUGCUUCUUAGAAUCUGAAAUUUUUAGCUGAUCAAUCGUCGAUCUUGUUGGAACCUGUAGUUGUUGUACUCAAUCUUUUGUGUCGUUAAACUUGAUGUAUACACGUUUCUAGAAAAUGCAUAUUAUUUUUACAG